CAUCACUAUUCGGGUUACGUCAAUCUGUCACUGUCACUGCGAAUCACAAACCUAUGACGUUUAAGAAUACCACCUGUGCAGAAAAAUAAAAAAACAAUACAAAAAUUUGUUCAUAUACCUGUUUAUUUCGUGUAUUUUGUGGAAAAAUGUAUAGAAUUUCAAUGUCCUUAUUACCGAAAGAUCUAUAAACGCAAUAAAUGCUAUGCAUAUAAGUUAUUUUUCAUAGUGUUGAAAAGUGUGUGCGUGUCCAGUGUGCCGGUACCGGUUUACACGUUUUUUAGCUAUUUUCUAAUAGAAUACUCAAAAAUGAAACAUGCGAACAAAAAAUCAGCCUCUCAUGUUCAACCAAGUGUUCAUGUACACAGCGCCGAAAAGCAGGAAACCCUGUUGACCCUUUCUAUACUAACGUUAGCCGCAAUUUUAUCUUUUGCAACAAGAUUGUUUUCUGUUCUGAGAUUUGAAAGUGUCAUACAUGAAUUUGACCCUUACUUCAACUACCGCACAACGAAGUACCUGGCUGAACAAGGUUUUUAUAAAUUCCACAACUGGUUUGAUGAUAGAGCAUGGUACCCUUUAGGAAGAAUCAUUGGAGGAACGAUCUACCCUGGUCUGAUGGUGACAUCCGCUGCCCUAUACCACCUGAGUUGGCUCCUUCACAUCAAUGUGGACAUCCGCAACGUGUGCGUGUUUCUGGCACCUCUCUUCUCCUCUUUCACGACCAUAAUCACCUACCUGCUCACCAAGGAAGUGCACAAUGCUGGAGCCGGGUUGGUAGCUGCAGCAUUUGUAUCCAUCGUGCCUGGCUACAUCAGCAGAUCAGUGGCAGGAAGCUACGAUAAUGAGGGUAUUGCAAUAUUUUGUAUGCUGUUGACGUAUUACGCGUGGAUCAAGGCGGUCAAGACGGGUACUAUUAGAUGGGGAGCAUUUGCUGCAUUGGCGUAUUUCUAUAUGGUUUCUUCAUGGGGUGGAUAUGUCUUCCUAAUAAACCUGAUACCUCUGCAUGUGUUAACCCUGAUGAUAACUGGAAGAUUUUCACAUCGAGUAUAUGUAGCCUACAGUACCUUGUAUUGCAUAGGUACUAUUUUGUCCAUGCAAAUAUCUUUUGUUGGCUUUCAACCUGUCCAAAGCUCCGAGCAUAUGUUGGUAAGAAAUAUUUAUAUAUUAUACAAGAAAGAUGAAUUAAUGCUCUCAUUUCGUUCUGUUGCCUCUCAAAGCAGAAUCUAGCAAUCUGGGUACUUGGAGACAGGGAUUCGAUUCCUAGUAGUAGCUAAUCAAGUACACCUGUAUUCUUGUUUUUAAUGACUUCAAAUGGCAUAAUAUGCAAUAACAAUGCUAUGAAAUCUAUUUUAUUUUAUUUUCAGGCUCUAGGUGUUUUCGGCCUCUGCCAGAUAGUAGCGUCCGUAGACUAUAUGCGCAGCAAAUUAUCCAGAGCUGACUUUGAAACUCUCUACACGUUCGUUUUCUAUUCAGUCGGCAUUGUUACUUUGGCAGUCGGCACAAUACUCAGCAUAUCAGGAAAGAUAUCUCCGUGGACGGGUAGAUUUUAUUCUCUCUUAGAUCCGUCUUACGCCAAAAAUCACAUUCCUAUCAUCGCCAGUGUGUCGGAACAUCAACCUACCUCAUGGAGUUCCUUUUACUUUGACCUGCAGAUUCUAGUGUUUCUGUUUCCCGCGGGAUUGUACUUCUGUUUCAAGCAACUGACAGAUUCGAAUAUUUUCUUGAUUUUGUAUGGGAUUACAAGCAUCUAUUUUGCGGGAGUGAUGGUUCGUUUGAUGCUAGUCCUAGCUCCGAUAAUGUGCAUCUUGAGUGGAAUCACAGUCUCCCACCUGCUCACCAAGUUCAUGAAAAACGUCGUAGAGCAACCCAAACAAGCAGAACAUAAGAAGUACAAAAAGAUGGAGGCAAACAGUACCUUCAAGAACGAGAUUGCGACCACUUUUGUGGCUGUCACGUGCGUUUUACUAAUAUCGUACACUUUCCAUUGCACUUGGGUGACCUCUGAGGCCUACAGCUCGCCUAGUAUCGUGUUGAGUGCUAGAUCACAUGAUGGUGGAAGGAUCAUCUUCGAUGAUUUUAGGGAGGCCUAUUACUGGUUAAAGAUGAACACCCCAGAAGACGCCCGAGUAAUGUCCUGGUGGGACUACGGCUACCAAAUAACAGCCAUGGCCAAUCGAACGAUUCUUGUAGACAACAACACGUGGAAUAACACGCACAUCAGUCGCGUUGGCCAAGCGAUGGCGAGUAGCGAGGAAAAAGCUUACGAGAUUAUGCGAGAGUUGGACGUUGAUUAUGUGCUCGUCAUCUUCGGAGGUCUCACCGGCUAUAGCUCAGAUGAUAUCAACAAGUUCUUGUGGAUGGUCAGGAUUGGAGGAAGUACCGAGAAAGGAGCUCACAUAAAAGAAUGGGACUAUUAUUCCCCAACUGGCGAAUUUCGCGUAGACAAAGAAGGAUCUCCAACAUUGCUCAAUUGUCUGAUGUACAAAAUGUGCUACUACCGAUUUGGACAAGUAUUUACUGAAGGUGGGAAGCCUGGAGGUUACGAUCGAGUUAGAAGCGCAGAAAUAGGAAACAAAGACUUCGAAUUGGAUGUAUUGGAAGAAGCGUACACCACUGAACAUUGGCUGGUUAGGAUAUAUAAAGUUAAGGACCUUCCAAAUAGAGGGGUGUGAUUUUUGUAUGUUGUUUUUCUAUUUUUUCAUUUUUUAUAGUUUACUAGUAAAUACAGUGAAAAGUACAAGUG